GACUUGACUUCUACACCCCGACGACCUCCGGCCGAGGCGUUCGUGCCAAGACCGAGGUGGAGAAAGAUGAUCUCCUUUGCCUUGUGCCUUUGGAGGCCUGCCCAGGGCAUGAGCUUUGGCUGGAGCCGAGCGGCGAGGCGAACUCCGCCGCCGACGCGGUGCGCUCGGCGUUCGGCCCGGGUGUUCUGGGCUGCUCGCUGCUGCUGCUUCGGGAGCUUGGCCUGGGGAAGGACUCACUUCAGGUACCAUUCCUGGAGACGAUACCGCCAGAAAUGACGAAUCUGCCCUACCUGGAGGAGGAUGAACUCCGAUGGCUCGAGGGUACUACCCUGGCUGCCUUGGGUCACCUGGACCAGCACAGGGAGGAAGGCGGUCGCAUGCUGACUCCACAGCACUGGAGAGGGGCCCCAGAGGCCAGAAUGCAUUUCGAUCACACUCUGCUGCCUUUCCUAGAGCUGCACCACUGCUGGUGGCCGGAUCGGUCCUUCGAAUCUUUCCAACGAGCCUUGGGCGCCGUGCUCUCGCGUGGCUUCUUCUGUAACGGCCGUGGACCCUUCAUGGUUCCCUUCGCUGAUGCUUUCAACCACGCCACGCCGGGCACAAACCACUGCCACCUCGAGGGCUGUGCGGAAGAUGGCCUGGCCUUCGUGAUGCGUGGAGUCAAGGGAGCUGCCAGUGGGCAGGAGGUCUUCAACACGUACGGGCCCUUGUCCUCUGGUAGGCUCUUUGCAUCCUUCGGCUUUGUGGGUGCAGAAAACCCGCACGACUACAACGUGAUCAAGUUGGCAGAGCUGCUUCUGCAUCAACCUCAUAGCUUCGGAGACCCUCAACAAAGACUCGCCCAGGACACUCGGGCUGCUCGGGCGCUGCUGGCGUCUGUGCGGCGCGGCCGGGCGGCGCGCGCCGGCGUUCGUCAGAACGUGCGACGACACACAGGCGCAAGGGCCAUCCCCUCGGUGUACCGCCUGGCAUGCGCCGCCCUGCGGCACGCGGCGAGGCGCUUGGAAGAGAAGGUCUCCUCGUGCUUGUCAGCGACGGCCUCCGCCGAGUUGCGACUAAGACAAGUCGCAGCCUACCGGCGCUCAGAGGCAAAGUACCUCCGGUGCGUCGACCAUGCACUGACCAAGCGCCGUUUGCGUUGUUGGGCCUCGAAAGAU